CGGGCGGGUGGGAGGGCCCCGCACGGUGCGGGGGAGCGCGGCGGCUGUGGGAGGGAGCGCGGGGAGGGCGGAGGCUGGCGGUGGGCGGGGCGGGGUGGCCGUGCUCCGUUCCCGGCGGGUAGUCGCGGGCACCAGCCGCACCCCGCACUGGCUGAGCAUGGCCCGCCUGCCUCAGCUCGCCCUGUCGGCAGCGCUCGGCGCCCUUGGGCUCCUCGGCAUCGUCCUGCUCGCCGCCACGUCCCGGGACCGGGCCGAACCGCCAGCCUACAAGUACGGGAUUGUGAUUGACGCCGGCUCCUCGCGCACAACCGUCUUCAUCUACAAAUGGCCAUCUGGGAAAGAGAACAACACUGGCAUCGUGAGCGAACACAGCAGCUGCCAGGUGGAAGGUGCAGGAAUCUCGAGCUACGAAGAAAACCCAGCCAAAGCCGGGAACAGUCUGAAGGCCUGCCUCGACAAGGCUCUGAGAAGUGUCCCUUCCGAGAGGCACACCGAGACCCCCCUCAUCCUUGGCGCAACGGCUGGUAUGCGCUUGCUGAAUCUGACCAACCCUGAAGCAACCCAGGACAUCCUUGCAGAGAUCAACAGCACCCUGAGGUCCUACAGCUUCAGCUCCCGAGGGGCCAAGAUCCUGUCAGGGAAGGAGGAGGGGGUGUUCGGCUGGGUCACCGCCAACUACCUGAUGGAGAACUUUAUAAAGUACGGCUGGGUGGGCAAGUGGUUCUACCCCGCCCGGCACACGGUGGGCGCCAUGGACCUGGGAGGGGCGUCGACGCAGAUAACGUUCGUGCCUGGGGAGGCAGUGAAGGAGCCGGAGAGCGAGGUGGGGCUGCAGCUAUACGGCCACCACUACACCGUGUACACACACAGCUACCUCUGCUACGGCAAGGACCAGGUCCUCCGCAUGCUCCGCACCAAGAUACUGCAGACCCACAGUUCCAACAGCAUUGUGACCAGCCCCUGCCUACCCCUGGGCUACAAUGUCUCCUACACUCAGAGAGACAUCUACGAGAGCCCCUGCACCAAGGACCACCGACCCCCCGGUUACUCCCCUGGAUCCAUCAUCAGUUUCCGUGGCUCCUCCGAACCGCGCGACUGCCAGCAGUUCGUCGAGGCCAUCUUCAACUCUGCCUCCUGUGACCACAGUGACUGUGCCUUCAAGGACGUCUACCAGCCCCCCGUGUCCGGAAACUUCCUGGUGAGUUGCCGCAGAUUCCCUUCGGUGACAGGUGGAGCCGGAGCCGGAGCCCGAGGUGGCCCGCGGGAGAGGGGAACCCUACCCCGACCUCAGGGCUUCCCCUGCCUGGGACACAGAGCUCGGAGACUGUACCCAGCCUGA